AUGAAAUGCCCUUUAUUUAUUUUUAUUGCAUUGUCUGUGGCUGACAAUGGAUUCAUUACGACGCUGGUCAUCGUGGGCUUCCCGGGGCUCCCCCCGGAGCACGACCGCCUGAUGGGCGCCGUCCUGUUCCUGGUGUACGCCAGCACGGCGCUGGGGAACGCGCUGCUGGUGGGGCUGUUCCUGGUGGAGCGGCGUCUGCAAAAGCCCAUGUACAUCGUCAUGCUGAGCCUGGCCUUCUCCGACAUCGGCUUCAGCACGGCCACGCUGCCCAAGGCCGUGGGCCGCUACUGGCUGGGCGACGGCGCCAUCGCGCUGGGCGCCUGCCUGUUCCAGCGCUUCCUGGUGCACUACUUCGGCACGCUCAACUCGCUGAUCAUGAUGACCAUGUCGCUGGACCGCUACCUGGCCAUCUGCUCCCCGCUGCGCUACCCGGCGCUGAUGACCAACCGCGCCAUGUCCGCGCUGACGGCCGCCUCCUGGGCCGCGGCGGCGGUGUGCCCGGGCGUGACGGUGGGCCUGACCGCGCGGCUGCCGUUCUGCGGGCCGCGGCGCAUCGCGCAGUGCCACUGCGACGCGCUGUCGCUCAUGCCGCUGAUCUGCGCCGACACGCGGGCGCUGCGCCGGGUCUCGCUGGCGCUGGCCAUGUUCGUGCUGGUGCUGCCGCUCGCCUUCAUCGUCUUCUCCUACGCCAGCAUCGCGGCCGCCGUGCUGAGGAUCGCCGACGCGCAGGGCCGCCGCAGGGCCUUCUCCACCUGCGCCACGCAGGUCUGCAUCAUCGCCAUCUACUACCUGCCGCGCUCCUUCGUCUACGUCAGCUCCGUCUUCCCCGUCUUCAAGCUCAACCCCGACCUGCGCAUCGGCCUGACGCUGUUCUACAGCCUGUUCCCCCCGCUGGUCAACCCCCUCAUCUACUGCUACCGGACCAAGGAGAUCAAGGACAUCCUACGCCGCUGGUUCUGCCCCGGCAACGCCGUCGGGCACCAACCCACGCUCACCACUGUUUCCAAAUGA